UGCCCGUUCCCUCCUAUGCUUUCUGAUUCGACCCUUUUGUUUCUUUCUCCUUGUUUUGCCUCUCUCUAUCGUUUUAAUCAUUCCUGAAACCAUGGGGUUGCUUGCUUCUUCUUCACAAUAUCUAUGCUGGGAUAUUUCAAACUCUGGGUUCUCUCCAUUUUCUGGCGAGCUCUGAUGCUUUGAUCAGUAAGAAAGUUGAUGUUUUCAGCUCCAAGCUCGCUGCUUGAUUUGGAGGAAAGAUAAAAAGGGAAGGAAUCUUUGAGAAAAGUAAAGUGCUUUGCAGACCCCAAAAAAUGGCGUAUUUGCAGUUGUCUUUUUUGCUAGUUUGGUUCCUAUCAAAAUCCGGGGAUGCUCAGCCGGAUGAAACCGCCACAUUGUUAGCCAUUAACGAGGAGCUAGGUGGUGUUGCAGGUUGGGGUGACAACACAACAGAUUAUUGCAACUGGGAAGGUGUUCUUUGUGGCAUCAACCAUUCCUUGGUUGAAAGGCUUGAUCUUUCCAGGCGUAUGCUUAGUGGUAAUGUUGCUUUAGUCUCUAAUCUUAAAGCACUGAAGCACCUUGAUCUUUCUUAUAAUAGCUUCAAUGGACCAAUUCCUUCUGGUUUUGGGAAUUUGUCUGAGCUUGAAUACCUGGAUUUGUCAUUGAAUAAGUUUGAGGGUUGUGUUCCAGUAGAGUUUGGCGGUCUUGGAAAACUUAGAUGGUUGAAUUUGUCGAACAACUUACUUGUAGGAGAGAUACCUAGAGAACUUGAGGUGCUGGGAAAUUUGCAGGAGUUUCAGAUUUCCAGCAAUAGAUUGAAUGGUUCUGUUCCACAUUGGGUGGGGCAUUUGACCAAUUUGAGAGUUUUUACGGCCUAUGAGAAUCAAUUAGUUGGUAGGAUUCCUGAUAACCUAGGCUCGGUUUCUCAACUCGAAUUGCUGAACCUUCAUUCGAACCGGCUCGACGGGCCGAUACCGAAGAGCAUUUUCGCCAUGGGGAAGCUUCGAGUUUUGGUCCUCACCCAGAAUGGACUUACUGGUGAGCUUCCUCGAGAGAUCGGCGAUUGCGGAAGCCUUUCUAGUGUUCGUAUCGGGAAUAAUAAACUCGUUGGUACCAUUCCCAGGACCAUUGGAAAUGAUGGUAGCCUCACAUACUUUGAGGCUGAUAACAACAAUCUCUCUGGUGAAAUUGUCUCAGAGUUUGCCUCCUGCACUAAUCUUACACUCUUGAACUUGGCCUAUAAUGGAUUCGCCGGGAUAAUUCCUCUGGAGAUCGGACGACUGAUGAAUCUUCAAGAGCUGAUUCUUUCUGGAAACAGCCUGUUCGGGGAUAUUCCUAGAUCGAUCCUGGGGUGCAAGAGUCUUAACAAGCUUGAUUUAAGCAGAAACCAGUUUAAUGGUACUAUACCGAAGAAAAUCUGCAAUAUGAGCAGAUUGCAGUACUUGCUCUUGGAUCAGAAUUCAAUCAAAGGGGAAAUACCCCGUGAGAUUGGAAAUUGUGUGAAGUUGCUUGAAUUGCAGCUUAGCAGCAACUUGUUGACCGGAAUCAUUCCUCCCGAUAUCGGUCAUAUUCGCAACAUGCAGAUAGCUUUAAAUUUGAGUUCCAAUCGUCUCCAUGGUCAAUUGCCACUGGAAUUAGGGAAACUAGAUAAGUUGGUUUCUCUGGAUGUCUCCGGUAACCAGCUUACCGGUAAUAUUCCACUGGCACUCAAGGGCAUGUUGAGCUUGAUUGAGGUCAAUUUCUCGAAUAAUUUUCUUGUCGGUCCGAUCCCGGUGUUCAGACCGUUCCAGAAGAGUCCGAGUUCAAGCUUUCAAGGAAAUAAAGGACUGUGUGGGGAGCCAUUGAGCUUCUCAUGUGCAGACUCUAUCAGUUCGGACCAGGCAGGUUACCACCAUAGGGUUUCUUACAGGACUAUACUAGCUGUUUUCGGUUCAGGUCUCGCGGUGUUCGUAUCUGUCAGUGUAGUGGUUCUUCUCUUUAUGAUGAAGGAGAGACAAGAAAAGGCCGCAAGAAGCGAGGAUAUCGUAGACGAAGAACCCGGUAGCCAGCCGACCAUAAUAGCAGGGGACGUGUUUGUCGAGAAUCUCAGGCAGGCUGUAGAUCUUGAUGCUGUAGUCAAAGCCACAUUGAAGGAUUCAAACAAAAUCAACAAUGGGAGUUUCAGCACCAUCUACAAAGCAGUUAUGCCCUCCGGAUUGAUUUUGGCGGUGAAGAGACUGAAGUCGAUCGAUAGAACCGUAAUUCAUCAUCAAAACAAGAUGAUCAGGGAGCUCGAAAGGCUAAGCAAGCUUUGUCAUGAUAAUCUUGUGCAGCCUAUUGGUUUUGUCAUCUACGAGGAUGUUGCCCUUCUGUUGCAUCAAUAUUUGCCGAAUGGCACACUAGCUCAACUUCUUCACGAGACGUCGAAGCAGCCCGACUAUCAGCCCGACUGGCCCAGGAAACUAUCGAUAGCCAUCGGAGUAGCAGAAGGAUUGGCUUUCCUUCACCAUGUGGCGGUUAUCCACCUCGACAUAUCUUCAUAUAAUGUACUUUUAGAUGCAGAGUUUAAGCCAUUGGUUGGGGAGAUCGAAAUAUCGAAGCUCUUAGAUCCGUCCAAGGGAACUGCAAGUAUCAGUGCUGUUGCUGGUUCCUUUGGCUACAUUCCACCAGAAUAUGCAUAUACAAUGCAAGUCACUGCACCAGGUAACGUGUACAGCUACGGCGUCAUGUUGCUCGAGAUCCUCACCACCCGAUUGCCUGUCGAAGAGGAGUUUGGCGAAGGAGUGGACUUGGUGAAAUGGGUUCACGGUGCUCGAGCGAGAGGGGAAACCCCCGAGCAGAUACUCGACGCGAGGCUCAGCACCGUUUCCUUCGGGUGGAGGAGAGAAAUGCUUGCAGCUCUGAAGGUGGCUUUACUCUGCACCGAUGCCGCACCCGCCAAUCGACCCAAGAUGAAGAAGGUGGUGGAAAUGCUUCAAGAAAUAAGGCAAAAGUGAUGGAGAAUGAUCGCUGCUUGCUUUCUGGAAGUUGCAUGGAUUUUUAUGUUCAACUCCAUAAAUUGUCUGAAAAAAUUGGACGAAGGGUCCUUGGAGGGGCUCAAACAAGAAGCACAAGAUAUGAUUUUUAUUGUGUAUAAUUAAUUGGAGGGCCUAAAAAUCAAAUCCCAAGCUUGGAGGGCCUAAAAAUCAAAUCCCAAGCUUAGUAUAUGUGUGUGUUCAUUUCUCCAUGUUCAAUGAUUGACUUGUUCUAUCUUAA